AAACAAUUUGUUGAAUAUAUAAUAAUAAUCAGACUGAUAAAGCAGAGACAAGGGCACACAAGCUCAGUCCACAUGGCUAAUCCUAAGAAUUGGCCAUCUCUACUUAUAUUAGUCAUGGCUUUGUAUGCCAUUGCUGCUCAUACAAGUGCCCAGUACACAUAUUCUCCUCCACCACCACCAGCAUAUGUUUACAAGUCGCCACCACCGCUUUCAUACGUCUACAGCUCUCCACCACCUCCUCCAUAUGUCUACAAGUCACCACCACCUUCUCCAUACGUCUAUAGCUCUCCACCACCACCACCACCAUAUAUUUACAAGUCACCACCACCUCCUCCUUAUGUCUAUAGCUCUCCACCUCCACCUCCAUAUGCUUACAAAUCACCACCACCUCCUCCUUACGUCUAUAGCUCUCCACCACCUCCUCCAUAUGUUUACAAGUCACCACCACCUCCUCCUUAUGUCUAUAGCUCUCCACCACCACCUCCAUAUGUCUACAAGUCGCCACCACCUCCUCCUUACGUCUAUAGCUCUCCACCACCACCACCUUAUAUUUACAAGCCCCCACCACCACCUCCAUAUAUUUACAGCUCUCCACCUCCUCCUUCAUAUGUUUACAAGUCGCCACCACCUCCUCCUUACGUCUAUAUCUCUCCACCCCCACCACCUUAUAUUUACAAGUCCCCACCACCUCCUCCUUAUGUCUAUAGCUCUCCACCACCACCUCCUUAUGUAUAUAGCUCUCCACCACCACCUCCAUACGUUUACAAGUCACCACCACCUCCUCCUUACAUAUAUAGCUCUCCACCACCACCACCAUACGUUUACAAGUCACCACCACCUCCUCCUUACAUAUAUAGCUCUCCACCACCACCACCAUAUGUCUACAAAUCACCACCACCACCACCACCAUAUGUUUACAAGUCUCCACCACCUCCUCCAUAUGUUUACAAGUCUCCACCACCUCCUCCAUAUGUUUACAAAUCGCCACCGCCUCCUCCAUACAUUUACAGUUCUCCACCACCACCUCCGUAUGUUUACAAGUCUCCACCACCUCAUCCUUACAUCUAUAAUUCUCCACCACCACCUCCGUAUGUCUACAAGUCCCCUCCUCCUCCUCCUUAUGUAUAUAGAUCUCCACCACCACCUCCGUAUGUCUACAAGUCGCCACCACCUCCUCCUUAUGUCUAUAGCUCUCCACCUCCUCCUCCAUAUGUUUACAUAUCGCCACCACCUCCUCCUUACGUCUAUAGUUCUCCACCACCUCCUCCGUAUGUUUACAAGUCUCCACCACCUCCUCCUUACGUAUAUAGCUCUCCACCACCUCCUCCGUAUGUUUACAAGUCUCCACCUCCUCCUCCAUAUGUUUACAAGUCGCCACCACCUCCUCCUUACAUCUACAACUCUCCACUACCUCCCCCAUAUGUUUACAAGUCGCCACCACCAAUUUAUAGCUCUCCACCUCCUCCAACAUACUAAACAAACAUAUACCUGGUCAUUUGAGUUUCAUAAGAAGAAUGUCUUCUUUAACUGAUUAGCCAUUGUAUUCAUGGAAUAAAAAGUUUAUCUUUCUAUACUUUCAUAUAUAAGAAAAUGUAGUUCGUUUGUUUGUACUCGGGUGCAUUAUUGUUGUUUGAUUCUUACUUUGAAUUACAUAUACCUCUAAUAAAUUUGAUGUUCUUGUUCUAUU